CCACCAAUUUUUUUUAACCCAUCAUCACCUUUGCAUUUGGCUCUGUCUCUCUUCUUUUUCUUCUUCAUUGGGAUGCACGUAGAAAUUAUGAAGCCAUUUUUGUGGGUGGUCCCAAUUUUGUUGUUGGUUUCAAUCUUACAUUAUUCUUGUUUUGUUGAUGGGGCACCACAAGUUCCAUGUUACUUCAUAUUUGGAGACUCAUUAUCUGACAGUGGAAACAACAAUGGCCUUUUAACGUUGGCUAAAGCAAAUUAUAAACCCUACGGCAUUGAUUUUCCAAGAGGUCCAACCGGAAGGUUUUCCAAUGGACGUAAUUUGGUUGAUGUUAUUGCUGAAUUACUAGGCUUUAGUCAUUACAUUCCACCUUUUGCUGCUGCAAUAGGAUGGAAAAUACUCCACGGUGUGAAUUACGCAUCCGGUGCAGCAGGUAUUCGUGAUGAAUCGGGACGGAACCAGGGUAUGAGAGUAACCUUUAAUAAGCAGUUGGUGAAUCACCAAAACAUAGUAAGACAGAUUGUUUCCCUUCAGGGAAAUAAUAAUUCAGCAGCUAUCCAGUACCUGGGAAAGUGCAUAUAUACAGUUACAAUUGGCAGUAAUGACUACAUUAACAACUACUUUAUGCCAAGGUUAUACUCAACUAGCCGCCAAUUUACCUCUGAGCAAUAUGCAGGAGUUCUUAUUCAACAGUAUUCUGGGCAAAUAAAAACGUUGUACAAUUCUGGGGCAAGAAAGAUAGCCCUUUUCGGGCUCGGUACAAUUGGUUCUAUACCCUUUGAAGUGGCUAUGUGCAAUCGCAGCACAAACAACGUCUCUUUAUGCUCAGAUAACAUGAACAGUGCAGUCCAAGUUUUCAACGCAAGGCUUCAAUCACUUGUCGAUGACCUUAACAGCAACCUAACCGACGCUAAGUUCACUUAUAUAGAUUUCUACGGGAUUGGAUUAUCCAGUGCCGCUGCAUCUCUUGGUUCUGUGAUUUUUGAUGCACCAUGCUGUGAGGUGGUACGUGAGACCGGGCUAUGCGUCCCCUUCAAUACCCCAUGCCAAAACAGGACUCAGUAUUCCUUUUGGGAUGCAAUCCAUCCUAGUGAGAGUUCAAAUGUUGUUCUAGGCGGAAGAGCAUACAAUGCCACGCUUCCUACUGAUGCUGUUCCAUUUGAUAUUAAUCAGCUAGCUCAAGCGUAACUGCGUGGUAAAAAUGAAGAGAAUAAUAAAGUUUCUGCUACUUACUACUACAGUCUAGUGGUAAUAUCAUUUGUUUCAAAAAAUGAAAAGCUUCUUAUAUUAUAACGAAAUAAAAUACAACCUCCCACUGUCAUUGCA